AGUCACUGCAAAGGGACCAUCAUGGCAAGUGAUGUUUGCAGCCAUGUGAAGGUGGUUGUUCGAGUGAGACCAACCAGUGACCGUGAGAAGCGUGAAAACUGUCGAAAUGUGGUCCAGGUUGUUGAUAACCACAUGCUCAUAUUUGACCCCAAGGAAGAGAGCGCAUCAUGUUUUGGGUCACAAAGAGUACGAAACCGGAACAUCAACAAGAAGGCUAACAAAGACCUCAAGUUUGUUUUUGACCAUGUGUUCGGCGAGGACUCUACUCAAGUUGAUAUCUUUGAGAAUACCACUAAAGUAGUGUUGGACGGUGUGAUGAAUGGAUUCAACAGCACAGUGUUUGCAUACGGUGCUACUGGAGCAGGCAAGACACAUACUAUGUUAGGCUCACAAAAUGACCCUGGGGUCAUGUACCGCACCAUGAAGGACCUGUUUCAACGCAUGGAUGAUGCCAAGGAGGAGAAAGAGUUUGCUGUUGCAUUCUCAUAUCUUGAGGUGUAUAACGAACAGAUCCGAGACUUGUUGGCUAAUGUGGGUCCUCUUGCAGUUAGAGAGGACAGUUCUAAAGGAGUGGUUGUUCAGGGCCUCACACUGCAUCAGCCUAAAUCUGCAGAGCACAUUCUUGAGGCUUUAGAUUCUGGCAACCGCAACAGGACCCAGCACCCCACUGACAUGAAUGCUACCUCUUCCCGGUCCCAUGCUGUAUUUCAGGUAUAUUUGAGACAGAAGGACAAAAUCGCCAGCCUCAAUCCUAAUGUCUGCGUUGCCAAAAUGAGCCUGAUUGAUCUGGCAGGCUCAGAGAGAGCAAGUGCCACCAACGCCAAAGGGGCUCGUUUACGGGAAGGUGCUAACAUCAACCGCUCACUCCUUGCCCUAGGAAAUGUUAUCAAUGCUCUUGCUGACCCAAAGAGUAAGAAAACCCAUAUACCCUACAGGGACAGCAAGCUGACACGACUACUCAAAGACUCAUUGGGAGGCAACUGCAGGACGGUUAUGAUUGCCAAUGUUAGCCCCUCAUCUAAUACAUAUGAUGACACCCACAACACUCUUAAAUAUGCCAACAGGGCCAAGGAGAUCAAGUCCUCGCUUAAGAGUAAUGUUGUAAGCCUGGACAGUCACAUUGGCCAGUAUGCAGUGAUAUGUGAGAAACAACGGCUAGAGAUUCUACAGCUGAAGGAGAAACUAAAAGCAUACGAGGAGAAGAACAUGGUGCCUGGGGCUUUUGACGUGAUCUCUUCCCAGAAACAAGCAGAGUUCAAAAGGGUGUCAGAAGCUCUGCAGCGAAUCUUCUCGAGCCGGGCCCAAAUCAGGAGAGAACAGCUGGAUCUGGAGAGACAACUGAAGGAGAAUGAGCUGCGCCAGCGCUACAGCGAGGAGGACAACCUGCAGGUCCAAUACUUCUGUGCCAAAGAAAAGACUGAGAAGGCCACUUGUAAGCACGAGCGGAAGAUCGCCAGCUUACGCGCUCAGCAGCAGCACAUUUGCAAACGUUUGAAGGAGGCAGAAACACAAUUCCUGGAUAAUGAUGGCUGGCUUCAUCGGGUUGAAAAUGAGAUCAAGCUGCUGAAGUCAAAUGAUCAGACCUCAGAGGUGUUAGAAAAGGACCUACGUUGCCACAGACUGGGGCUGCAGGUGAAUGAUCUCGAACAACACAUCAAGCAGAUGGUCAAGCUCAUAGCACUGCAGGACCAGGAGAACAAGCGCAUGCAGAAAAUGGUGAACGUCUUGUUGCCAGCGUAUAGUCGAAAGUACUCUGCAUUGCGUGGUGCCGGGCUGGUGACAGCGGCGGAUGAGAUGGAGAACCAUGAACUAGAGCACCUUGUGUUGAGGGAGAGAGGCGUGGUCUGGGCAGACCAGGAAGGGGUAGGGCAGCAGCUGAAAGGUGAAGGGAUUCAAGAGGAAUCACGGGAGACAAAUGAGGCAGGAAGCGCUGGGCUGCGCAGCGAGUUGGCGCCUGUCUUGUCAUUCUCACAUCUGCUAUACCACCAGAGUAGCCCCUGCAGUGCGGAGGGGCGCACAAAAAGAGCAUCAUUGUGCAAUGCUGCUCCAUCACCAAACGGCUGUGCAAAUCAGACGGAUAUGAAACAGGAACCACGUCCCAGAAUGCCCAUCAGGAGAAAUCUGUGUGCGUCACUCCCACCGCAAAGCCCCCAGGCCAUCGUCAAAGCCCAAGUCUUUGAGGAGGGCAUGUUCCCACUUCAGUGCACACCAGAACCUGCUCAAAAAACUCUUCAAGCCCUGCGACUGGGCUCCUCCAGCCCCAUUGAUCCCAACAUGACCUUUGAAGUUCUGGAAAAUGAUGGUCAAACUGCAAGUAAUGCAACCAUCAUAAUAGGCAGCGGUAGUCCUUGUCAAGCAUCAAAGUCCACUGACUUCUCAGGUCCCAGUCAACUAUUCCAUCCUCCCAAGGCCAAUGAGGGGGCCCAAAUUCCUACCAAAAGACAACAGAUUCCGUCUUUACAAGACGUGAGACGAGCCCAUCCGACUUACAUGGACAUGACGUCUGCUGCACAAGGAAAACGUAAAUUUAACCGCAGCAUCCGAGAAGAGUUAACACAGGAUCUCUCUGCACCAAAACGUAUAAAGAAAGACCCCUCGGUGUCACGGAGACCGCUCAGAGUGCAUCGUUUUGCUGGUUCAGAGGAGAAUAAGCCUCGAAGAGUUGUGAGGAGCAUUUCUGAAGGAAACCUCAGCCUGCUUGAACCUCAGAAAUCCAAAUCCAUUUUCUAUAAAACAUCCCAACAGUUAAAACGAGUGGCCAAACGAAUGUAAAGCAAAAAUCGGACCAUUUCGCCCUUAUGAACAUUUACACUCCCCUUUCCAUCCGUAUUCAUCUUUUCAAAAUAUUUUCUCAAACCCUAAAACAAAAACAGUGGUCCAUUGUGUAGUUUUUCCAACACAAAUGCUAAAGUAAUGAGAUGAAAUGUAAUAUAAUUACAUUAUUUAGUUUUGCUCUUUGAUUAAGCCUUACACUGCAGUGAAAUUGUACUUACACAUUGUAUAUAAACAUUGUAAAGUUAUUGGUCAUCAGUUUAGAUUCUUGUGAUUGUUUAAGAGCCAAUUUCUGGCAUUUCUAAUCCUUCCUUUAGAUUUGACGAUAUUUUAAAGCUCAUGUACACACUAACACCAAGAAAUAAAACACGUCCUGUCCCCUGUGUUUUACGUACGUUAUGUACUUUGAACUAUUCUAUUAACCAAUGAUCAGUCUGGUCGGUGAACAGUCCUAGGGCAGCUAAUCUCAGAGGUAGACUACCUGAAAUGGAAGUACGGCACAAAAAACAUCGUGCUUUUAUUUUAUUAUUUUAAUUUUUAUUCUCAUUUCUCUUGUACAGUUAAUAACAUAGGGGUUGUAGAUAUUUCAUAAUAAAACUGCUUUUUCCAUUGGUUUUAUUGAUAAAUAAAUGUCUUUCCAAAAUGUAA